UCAACUACAAAAAUUAUAUCAACCUAAUAACUGUGUUCUAAGAUUUUUUUUUUCUUCUCAGGAAAUCUGUUAUCUAUAGAUUUAGCCUUGAGCUUGAAACUAACGGGAGCCAGGCGAAAGCAGUAGAUUAACGACACCUAGAAUUGCUGAUUAAAGAUGAGAGCGGCCAGCUAGCUUAGCUGCUUUAGCUAGCAUGAUUUGAUGGAGUCUGACAGGGUUGGAUAACCACGAUGGAGCGGCAGCGAACGACGUUGAUAUAGUAGUUAUAGCCAGAUACAGUGAUGCGUUAAGAGCGGUCGUUUUGGACACAGUAACUGAAGGCGGACAGCAACACGUUAUGCAGUCAUGAAGCGGAUUCGCACUGAGCAGAUCCAGUAUGCCGUGACUCAGUACCUGAAGAGGAGGCAGUAUGUGGACACUGACGGCUCCCUGAAAGGAGCCAAGCUCUACCAGUCCCCCGAAGAAAUGGCUGCAAGUCUCACGGUGCAGACAGAGUCAGGAUGUUCCAAUGUCGUUUCUGCUGCACCAUGCCAGUAUGACCCACAGCAGUAUGAGAUUCAGUAUUCCAAGCUCCGCGCCUUCCUGUCAGAAGCAGACAUAUCCUGGGCUAAAGAGGUGAGCAGUGUCCUCUAUCCACUCUUCGUCUACCUCCACCUGGACAUGGUGCGCUUUGGACUGAAGGGGGCUGUGGAUGGUUUUUACAGUCGUUUUCAUGGCGCCUUUCUUCAGGACAGUGAGCAGCGUACCAUCAUAGAGCAGCUCCGCCAUGUCCUCAGUGCACAAGACAUUGUGACCAACCCCAAGCUGAAUGCUUUCUUAGAGCACAAAUAUGUGGUUCACCUGACGGAGCCAGCCUACGGCUACCUGCUGCGUUACCUGCAGAGUGAGGACAACAGCGCCCUCUGUAGGAUCCUCAGUACACACCUGCAGCUGGAGGUCAGUGCCUCGAGGCGGACAGAUUACCAGCUCUAUGGAGCUGCUGGCGGGUCGACAGCUGCUCCAAACUCCACCUCCUCCUGGGCCGGAGUGGAUGGAACAGAGAGUGGUGAUGGGGUGGAGGUCCCAGCAGGGAUCCCACAGAAUGAGGCAGCCCUUGAGGCUCUGCAGGACUGCGUCAAGAAAGUCCGCGAGGGACCACCGUCACUCACCACUGUCUGUUUUUACGCCUUCCACCACACGGAGCAGAUGCUGAACACUGCUGAGGUCUCGGCUGACAGUCGGUUGCUGGCCGGUGGAUUUGACACCUCCACGGUAAAGCUGUGGAGCCUCCGUGCCAGAAAACUCAAGGCCAGACCCCAUCAGGCUGAUGUGUCACACAUCCACCUGGCAUGUGACGUACUGGAGGAGGAAGUAGAUGAAGAGGACAGCUCAGGCAGUGAGAUAAAGACGCUGCGAGGUCACAGUGGCCCAGUAUUUCGUACCGCCUUCCUCACAGACAGCUCCGGCUUGCUCUCGUGCUCUGAGGACACAACCAUCCGCUACUGGGACCUGGGCAGCUUCACCAACACGGUGCUCUACCAGGGGCACGUCUACCCAGUAUGGGAUGUGGACGUCAGCCCCUGCAGCCUUUACUUUGCCAGUUGCUCUCACGACCGCACCGCCCGUCUCUGGACGUUCUCCCGGACAUACCCACUGAGGCUCUAUGCAGGGCAUCUUUCUGAUGUUGACUGUGUGAAAUUCCACCCGAACUCCAACUAUUUAGCCACCGGUUCCACAGACAAGACUGUGCGACUCUGGAGCACCCAGCAGGGGGCGUCUGUUCGCCUUUUCACGGGCCACCGUGGCCCUGUGCUGUCACUCGCUUUCUCACCGAAUGGCAAGUACUUGGCGUCGGCUGGUGAAGACCAGCGGGUGAAGCUGUGGGAUUUGGCAUCUGGGACUUUGUUCAAAGACCUAAGGGGACACACAGAUAGUGUCACCAGCCUGUCCUUUAGUCCGGACAGCAGCCUAGUGGCAUCUUCAUCUAUGGACAACUCAGUGCGGGUGUGGGACAUCCGCAACUCGCACGGUGGGACGUCAGCUGACAGCUCGUCCAGCGAAUUGGUGGGAAUGUACACUGGAAACACCAGCAACGUGCUCAAUGUCCAGUUUAUGGCCUGCAACUUGCUGCUGGUGACGGGAACCGCACAAGAGAAAGCAGAGCAGUAGAUGUAGCCGUCACAUCUGGUGCUCUUUUGGGCGAGAGCUGAAUGUUUCCCUGUGUCUGAAACUCAGGAGCCGAAUCCUGAGAUACAUGUUUUUGUUUUCUGUCCUUCAAAUUUCAUUCUUCAUGAACUGGCUUUUUUUUUUUUUUUUUUUGAAAAUAAAGAAAUAAAUUACCAAAGUGAAUUCACGGUAUGUCAAUAUUGAAGAAUCUCCCAGUUUCUUGUUUAACUGAUGAUCUAAAAAUUGUUACGUUCUGUUUUUCUGUUGUGAUGUAAAUUCAGGAAAUAUUGUUACUGUUGGAAUAACUGACACUAUCAGGCAGCUUUAUCCCAAAAGAAAACUUUAAUAUUUCAAACCUGAGACGUGUACAAUAAAGUGCGUUCAACAUUGCCGGGCUUUCUUUGGGUUAGGCAGCGAGACGAAGCCUAAACCCAAACCCCAUCUGUCACAAUUCUUUAUCAGCUUUCGCUGCUAAUUCAAGCUCUGCUUCUGGUGUUUGACGUGGAUUUUGACUCUUCACACAAUGAACCAAAUGCUACCUUCUGUAGGCAAAAGGAAUAGGGCAGAUAUUAUUUAUUUGUAAAGAAUAUACAAAGCAAAAUGCUGUUACUGCAAAUAAGAAGAAGAAAACCACUCUGUGUGGUCUCAGUGCAGCUGUGCAUUUGUUACGUUUUAAACCAAAUUAAUUACAUUUUUUAAGAAGAGCAUUCAGGUCUGAGGGCGAUGUGGAAAUUGCUGAAGAUCUUUGACAAAAUUAAAUGCAGUGACUGAAUACUCUGACAACCAGAAAUGAAAAUGAAUGAUGUGUAAAAUUUAGUGAAAAUGAGGACCAAACAAAAGUGUGUAUAUAUAUAUAUAUAUAUACACACAUUUUCUUUAUCACUAAUUGAAUCCAUGUUACUUCACAUGGCCAUUUGGCACAGAUUCUUUACACUCAUCAUAGCGUACCUUUGUUCAGUAAAAUGGAUUUCAGUUCAGUCGAAUCCACGUUGUAAUUCUAGUAAAUGGUCAUCAGAAGAGCAUUGAAUAGAACCACCUCCUGCCAAGUUUGUCUUCAGUGCAGUAACUGUAUCAGUGUCUUUGAAGGCAUUAAAGCUUUUUUUACACAGGCAUGCACUUAGUAUGUAGAGUCUGGUAUACUGAGGUGCAUACAUGGGGCCAAAAUGAGUUAGGGUAGCUGGCUAUAAAGCGCCUUGCACCAUAGGUGACAGUGAAAUUUAUUUGCACAUGCUCACAGAGUGUAGUUCUUUUCAGCCACACCCACUUCUGAACCAACUCCAUGUUUGCAUUGUGGCAGAGCAGGAAAUAAGUUCCACGCCGCUCUUACUGGCAGAUUGACACUGAAGGCUGGUAAUGGUAGUUUUGUUCUGCAUUUUUGUCUUAAUUCAGAAAGUUUAAU